AAGCAGCAGCAGAAGCAGAAAUUUUCUCCCGUCAAAAAAGCCAAUCGCACGCAAAAUUUCUGAUCUCCAACGCCCCGAAAUUUGGCCCACUUCUAAUGCCCUUUGGCGGUUCCACCCGAGCUCGGAACGCGCGCCCCGACCACCGGCCGUAACCGCAGGUGGAAUCUACCCCGGAAACGCGUCGGAAGUGUGCGAAAAAAGGUUUUCCCCGGCGGGGUGUCGACCGACAGUGCGAAAGCGAGAAAGAUGGCGUCGCCUUGGUGGCCGUCCAAGUUGGCCGCGACAAACCACCAGGAAGUGCCAAAGGAGGCGGCGGAGGUUCGGGACGCGGUGGAAAAUUAGUGGGAAAAUCGCAGCAACCCGGAGGUUUUUCUUUUUGCGAGUGCAGUGAUUUGUGGUGAAUUGAAAAAAAAAACUUGAAAAGGGUGAAAAAAGCGGACGGAAAAGUUGCGCAAAGUUGAUCGAAUUUGACAAGAGUUUUGUUUUUGUUGACAAAUAGUGCGGAGAAAUUGCCGGUGACGCCCUUUGUGGCCUUCGCAUUUCAAAGCAGAAACUAGCCAAGUGUGAUGUCCAGUUCGGUGUUCAAGGUUUACGAGGAGGACCGCGACCGGAAUCUGCUGCUGCCGCAGGAGAUUGGUGGCGGAGGACUCGAUGACUCAUCGACGACGGAGGAUGGAAACUGUCCGGUGGAGGCGACUUCGUCCUCGGGUUCUUCCUCGGGUGGAGUCGUUGACGAGCGACUCAAAAUCGACUCGAAUCUGGUGAUUGUCGUGGGCAAGGACGGUUCCGUGCAUGUGGACCAGAAAACGCUGCACAGUCUGCUAGCCAACGAAACCACCGACACAUCGGUCAGUGUGGUCCGCAUCGCAUCCCCCACGCCCAGCAUCGAGGACGAAAUCGAACAGGAACGGCGCCAAAAGCUCGAGGACGAACAGCUCCAACAGGAACUGGAAGCGGCCGGACUCGUUCCGGACGACGCCAUCGAUGGCACCGGCUCGGAGGACUCCCCGGAGUCGUCCAACGCUGGGACUUCUGCCGCCGCCGGUCCCAGUGGCGUCUCGACGAGGAGGAGCAGGGUCCCUGCGACAACGACGACGACGACGACGACGGCUAGGAAGGAGGACGUUCUGCUGGACGGGGCCGACCCGCCGCACGUCAGCUUGAUGGUCGAGGGUUUCUACCCGCCGGAGGAGGCGCGCAAGUUUGCCACGGAAGUGCUGACGCUGGCCGGGCUGAGGAAACCGUUGACGGUGGAGACGGAGCCGGUGGAUUACGAGUUCCAGCGGUACGUGGUGGCGAACGAUCACUGCUACACGCCGCUGACGUCGCCGAGUCAGAAGUUGCCGCCGCGGUCGUUUGAAGAGCAAGUGGCGGAGGAGGUUGUGAUGGCGCCUGCGGCGCCGCAGCAGCAGCAGGUCGUUGAGGAAGGACCUAGCGGAAGGCGGAGGGCUGUUGCGGCUGUUAGUAAGGUGUCUCCCACGAAGGUGGUGAGUCGUCCGCGGAAGAAGUCGGUGGAGGAGAGCAGCAGCAACGACGCCGAAGAUCUGCAGAGUAUUUUGGAGGGAUCGGACUCGGACUCAGAUUACACGGAGGAGAGUUCGUACCCGGAGGAGGAUGAUAAUCUGAGCGAUUUGGACUUUGACAUUAGUGGCAAGUCGCAGUCGAAGAAGCGCAAGUCGGGCUCGUCGAAGAACAAGUCCGGGUCAAAGAAGAAGGACGAAACGGCGGAGGCUGCCAAGAAGAAGUCGGUGGUGGUCGCGAUCAAGUCACCAACGAAGAAGUCGGAAGCUAAACUGGUUACGCCGGUUUCGAUGGUGACAAAGUCUGCGAUUCCGAAGACGUACGGACCGAAGAAGCCGCUGGAGGUGGUCACUCCUCCAGUUCAGCCGGUUGUGGCGCCUCCACCUCCUCCGGUGCCGCAGGUCAAGAAGAUCAAACAGGUUCCGAAACCGGCACCGCACGUUGAGGCCCUCUUCUCGGACAUGACUUCGUUGUUUUCGACGCCGGACAUUAUCAAGAAGGUUGGCCAGAGUAAGGUCGUUACGCCGACGACACCGACCCCGAGCAGCAGCCGAGGAGGCUUUGUCCAGCUGAUCAAGGGCAGUACUCAGAAAUUGCCGGCGCAGAUUUCGAUCCAAAGCCACGCGAGCGCUUCCGAGGAGAGUCUGAUCGACGUACUGGCGCAAGAUCCGGAACCGACGCCAACGGCAACGUCCACGACGCCGACCCCGCUCACGGAAGAUAUUGUGAAAAUGCUGGAGAACAAUUUGCCUCCCGGCGUCGUCGCCCAGGAACCGGUUCUUCCCAUCACGGACAACAGUAUUUUGGCGGCGCUCAGCUCUAACGACGACGGCGGCCUUCCGGAGGAUCUGCUGCAGCACGUGGCCGAACUAGCGGAAAACAAGGAACUGCAGGAAAUUCUGGACAAGCAGGUUCUCGGCGUGAUUGGGACGGACGUUCCCGCGAUGCCUCUGGCAUCAACUUCCGCCGCCAUUCCAAUCGCUCCCCAGCAGAUGAUGCAACCGGUGAUAGUCGCCGCACCUCCUCAACCGGUCAUUCAAAGACCACAACCUCCCGCCCCAACACCUGCCGAAAGUCUGCCGACGAUGACUGUCAAGGAGCAGCUGAUGCCGCGCAAAGAGGCGAUCCAAAUCCGUCGCAGCGAUGGCCGUAUCAUCACCCUGCCCCCAAUCGAAGCCCCCGCAACGAGGUCCAAGCGUCGCGCCCAAACCGGAACCUCCGGCACCCCGGUGGCAUCGUCUCCAGCGACCGCUCCAGUCGCCGCGUCACCUUCCACGCCAAUCGCCGUUCCUUCCGUCGCGUCGGCCCACACUCCACAAAGCUCCAAGACCUCCGCCGGCAAGUCGUCCGCCUCCAAGGCAGUCGCAUCCGCCGUCGGAAUUACGUCGUACGACGACGGCAGCGGUAGCUUGAUGAUUGACGAGACGCCACGGGGAAAGUCGGGAGCCAGUCGGAGUGCCGCGUCCAGUCGGAGAACGUCGGAAUCUUCGAACAACUCGGGCCGCGGAAAGCGACAAAGUACGGCGGCUGUGGCCGUGGCUGUCGCCGCGGAAGCCGAGGAAGAAGUCGAGUCGGACGAGAGCUGGAACUCGGAGGACGAUCCGGAUAGGCUGUGGUGCAUCUGCCGGCAGCCGCACAACAACCGGUUCAUGAUCUGCUGUGACGUGUGCGAGGACUGGUUCCACGGCAAGUGCGUCAACAUCACCAAAGCGAUGGGCCAGCAGAUGGAGGCCGACGGCAUCGAGUGGACCUGCCCGAACUGUCUGAAGAAGAAGCAGGAGAAGCAGCAACCGAAGAUGACGGACUUCCUCGUGUCGAGCAGCAGCAGCAACACCAGCAUCGGCGCCAGUUCCGCGACCGCCCUCACCAUGUCCCCAAAGACGGUAGCUUCGAUCACAUCUGUUCCGGCGGCGUCCAAAGCAGCCAUCACCGCCGAUCAAACCAGCUGCGUCGUCUGUGGCAAAGUGGCGCGGGUCAACUCCGUGUACUGCAGCGACGCUUGCAUCCGGAAGCAUGCCCACGGUGUGGUGAGUGAGACUUCAACGGUGGCUCAACCGGCGCGGUCAACGGCGGGGGUCAAGCACCAGCAGACGACGAUCGUCGAUGGAAUUAAAAAGUUGGACGGUGCUGGGGCGAAGGCCGCAGCCGACAAGAGUGGACCGAUCAUCGUUAUGGAGCGUAAAACUGGUCGUUGUCUCACCGGGAAGAAUGCUCCAACGGCCGAGAAUCUGAAGGCUUGGCUGCAGAGUCAUCCAACGUUCGAGGUGGUUCCUCCCGGUUCCCCCCAGGCCGCCAUCAUUCUUGCCAAGCAGGCUGAAGUGCGCAAGCUUCAGCAAGCAAAGGAAUCGCAAAAGAAGACGACGAGUAGUCCCUCGACGAGUCAACAGCAGCAGCAGACUUCAAAAUCUCAAAAACAUUCCGACAACAAGAAGAACGCUCUGUUUGCGCCGAGCAUUCCCCAGAAGGUCACUCCGCAAUCCUCCAAGGCAACACCCCCCGCAAAGACCUUCUCGAAAACGACCCUCUCCUCGCCAACGUCGGCUCAACCGCCAAAGUCAUCCUCAUCGUCGGGAUCGCUUGGUAGUGGUACUAAAACGCCCGCUUCGACGACGACGACUCCCGCGACUAAGGCGCAGAAGCGACCUGCCGCAGCUAUGGAGGGGAAAUCGGCAAAGACGACGCCGCCGCCUGCCGGAGGGGAGAACAUCCGCGUUACGGUGAAGAAGACGUUGAAGGAGCACCUGCUGCAGCGAACCAGCGAGCUGGACGAGGACAAGUCGGGGGCGCAGCUGCUGGCGGUGCGUCUCAGCGAGUCCGAGAUUGACGCGUUCGUGGCCGAGGUCGAGGAGGAGAUGUUUGGCAUGUUCAACAAGGACACCGGCACCAAGUACCGGGCCAAGUAUCGCUCGCUGGUGUUCAACAUCAAGGACCGCAAGAACCUGUCGUUGUUUCAGAAGAUUUGCGAGAAGCGCAUUGAGGCGCGCCAGCUGGUUCGCAUGACGCCGGAAGAGUUGGCCAGCCAGGAGUUGGCCCAGUGGCGAGAGAACGAAAACAAGCACCAGCUGGAGAUGAUCAAGAAGAGCGAGCUGGAUUUGCUGGCUUGCGCGAAGAACUACGUGCUGAAGACGCACAAGGGCGAGGAGGUGAUCGAGGGUAAGAUCGUGGACCGAGUGCAGCUAGAUCCGACGACGGCCGUCGAGGACGUGGUGGCGGUGUUGAACAAUUCGACCGUGAGCAGCACCAGCGAGCUGGACAACAGCGCAAAGGAAGCCAGCUUCCGGUCGAAGGACUUUGAUCUGAGCUUUGGCAAGUAUUCGACGGGACUGUACGGCAGCGGGUCGAUUACGAGUUCCACGUUGACGGCCGCGGCGACGUCAGCAACAUCAUCGGCAAGCAAAAAGAAGGAUUCGCGAAGAAGCCGCAGUCGAAGCCGGAGUCGGGACAGACGGCGGGACAGAUCUCGAAGCAAGCACAAGCGAAGAAGAAGCCGAAGUCGGAGCAAAAGCCGGGAUCGGGCAAGGUCGCGUCAUCGAGACCAUCGCAAGCAAGAUGCGAAGGAGCAAAAGUUGGACGAGAAGCCUGCGACCACCUCCGCCGAGAAGGACCGCAACGAGGCUGUUGGCAAGCCGGUCGAGCUCAAGAAGACGAAAAAGGUCACCGAAGUCGGCAAGUCACAACUACCGGAGAGCGGCAAUUUGAUUGAUCAAAUUCUGGCUUCUGCCGGUGCCCCGAUUGGAAAACCAACCGGCGAUUCAACCGAAAUGGACUCUACACCGGUGUCCGUUCCCGUAGAACCUCCCAAGCAGACCCCCGCAACCACAACCACGUCGGCGAGUCCCUCUCAAGAUCAGGAACCCACAAGUACCGUCACCAUCCCAACCCCACCACAUUCCACCGAAUUCGACGCCGAAUCACCCUCGACGGAUUUCGGCGCCAGCCCCGAAGAGGACCCGCCCAGCGAGGAAGCCCUCAAGGUCCACUGGUCCGGUAACGUGCACAUGGUCGACGUGGCCUCCGUCGAGAUGUCGAUCCGCGCCGUCAGCGGCAGCAUCGAAGACGUCGUCGGCGAUUUCUCCGAAGAUCUGGACAUUUGCGGUACGAUCAAGCCGGAAAUCGUGUGGGACUACAUCGGUCAGAUCAAGAAGAGCGCCAACAAGGAGAUCUGCCUGGUGCGGUUCCACUCGAACGAACGGGCCGCGUACUACACGCUGUACACGCACCUCUUCUCGCGGAAGCGCUACAGCGUGAUCAAGUCACCGUCGAAGGCGAUCAAGGACUUUUACGUGUUUCCGCUGCCGUCGGAGCAGAUGGUACCGAUGAUACUGAAACCGCUGAAUGGGGUGGGCAUUGUGGAGGGCGAUAAGAAACCAGACCUUUUGCUAGGGAUUAUUGUGAAGGUGGGCGGAGGCAAGCGCACCUCGACGACGGCGAUUACGGCGGGAUCGUCGGUACCGCCGGCAAAGACCCCUCGCCGCUCCACAAAAUCCUCCACCGCGGUUUCCCCCUCGUUCGCGCUGAUGCAGCAGGUCAUCACCAAGUACGCCACAAAGAAGCCGGACCUGGAUUCGUCCACUCCACCGGGAAGCCCCGGCGGACCAGUAGCACCACCCCCGCCGGUAAUUUCUCUUCCGAAGCCUCCACCCCCACCCCCAGCAUCAGCCGCCGCCGCCACUACUCCCGUUGUAAUCCAGAUCCGAUCCCGGUCGGCGUCCGAAUCGCCCGAGCAGGACAUCGACAUGGACAUUAUCAAGCGGCCGGUCCUGAAGAGCGGGUCGUCGGCGGCGGCUGUGCCGCUGGAGGUUUCCCCGGCGCCGGUCGUGAUUGACGACGAUGACGAGCCGUAUUCGCCGGGUGGGGCGAGUGAUGACAGCGAUCAGUUUGCCGAUGUUACUGCGAUCGUUGAGACGAAGGGAAGGAGGGCCAGCUUGGCAGGGACGGCUUUGGAUCCGGACUCGGAGCGGUUCCGGCUGGAGAUGGAGGAGAUUAAUCGGAAGAUUGCCGAAGAAAAGAGUGAAAUUGUGGGAAUUAUAAGCUCCGGGGAGUUGAAGGCGGACGAGAUCAAGUCGACGCUGACGCCGUCGCUGAUUACGGACAUUUCGAUCCCGUCGAACCUGUCGGAGAUUCUGGCUAGUAUUAACAAGAGCGUGCCGGGGGUUUCGCUGGACGCGCCAAAGGCGCCAGAGAAGACCGUCGCCGCCGCGGACGACGAAGAUGAGUACGUUCCGACGGCAACCUCCUCGCUCUACUCGGCGUACAAACCGGGCUACAGCUACGGAAAGUCGUCGGCGGCGGCGGCGCCGAUUCCCGUCCUCGUGUCGAACCCGCCGCCGGAGGCCAGCACCAGCAAGCUGUCGCAGCUGUCGGAAGCGGAACUGCUGAGCAUGGUUCCGGACGAAAGCUACCUUCAACCGGCGACGGCCACAAAAUCGCGCGUUGUCGACGGCGUCGUUGAGCUCGAUAGUGACGAUUCGGAACCGCUGCCGCCGCAGGCGAAAAAGUCCAAAAAUGACGACGGAACCAGUGAACCGCCGCCGCCGGGCCUGGAGGAUGAGAUUGACCUUGCGUAAGACUCGAGAACAAAAUUGUCCAGUAGUGGGGAGCUUGGCUUCACCCGCGCUCGCAAAUUUAGUGGAAAGUGCAAAUGCAACAAAGAAAUGAAAAAUGAAAAGCUUGGAAGAAGCAAAGAAUCGAGGUUUGAAAACACGACACUGUUUUGUGCUGUUCUGGUAGAAGGUAGAGAGCGUAGAGUUAUCGUAGUGUAAACGCUUUAAAUUAUUAAACUAUUUAAUAAUGAUUAACGCACUCACUUGUGGAAUCUUAUCAAGCAACGCAACAUCCAAUAUAGAAUAAAACAAACACGUUCUCAAUGAUCUACACACGCAAUGCAGUUAAGGUUCGAACUUUUUCUGUAGUUUGAUAUCUACUAUCUCUCUCUCUCUUUAUGAUCUAAGUUGAAACCCAUUUUGUUGACUUUGACGAAUUGAAUUUCUUUGAAAGGUUCGAAAAUUAACAUUCAAACUGAUUUUAGCAGUUUGAUAACAACAAAACCCAUAGUUUGAAAUUAUUUGGCUUUAAUAUAAAACAGUAAAAGAGUAGAAUGUUCCCACUUUGCCCUUUCACUCCCCUAGUUGAUAAGGCUGUGUGUACAAAGAAGAAGAUUAACCUAAUUAGCCAGUAUCAUUAUCUAUAUCUGUAAGCACUCGAGCCGUUUAGAGAAGAAGAAAAAACAAAAAAGCAGAUUCCGGUCGAACAUAUUUUUGGACUCGUUGCAAAAUUAAGAAACCCUUU